AAAGACGAAAAAUACUCCAAUAAUCUGAAAUGGAUGUUUCGCAUGUUUUGCAGUGCGAAUAAAAAUUAAUUAAACUGUAGAAAAUUAAUUCACUACAAUUGGAAUUAUUUGACGAAAAACAUUAUGGCCUUUUGCAUCGAGUCUGUGAUAAGAAGAAUAUCUUCAAGUGCCGUUCGAAAACUUAGUAAUGUCGCUGAACCAGCACGAUUACCAGAAGAACCAUUGCCAUUGUUUCGAACAAAUGAAUGCAAUCCAGUUAAUCAUACAAUAGAUCAUUUAAAGAGAUUCUACACAAUACCUCCCAAUGAAAGGAAAAGAUUAUUUUUCACCAAUGCAAUGCCGAAAGCAUUUGAAGUUAAUGCAAAAACUUUUAACGAAUGUUCCAUUAUGAUUAGACGGCCUUUUUUAGAAAUUAUAUCAUAUUUGCAUCAAUGUGACUAUUCGAGACCAGUGAACAAAUUUGUUAUAUAUGGCGAAACGGGAUCAGGAAAAUCAGUUUCACUUAUGCAUAUGGUGCACUAUGGUCAUAUGAGUGGACAUAUUGUUGUCCACGUUCCUUGGCUUCAACGAUGGUAUGAAUUUCCAAAGGAAUAUGCGAAAUCACAUAUUCGAGAGGGUCUCACAGAUUUGCCAAUAGAAUCGGCCACGUGGCUCGGACAUUUUAAAAUUCAAAACAAACAUUUAUUACAAAGUCUCGAUUUAAGAACAUCAAAAGAUUACGUUUGGAGUGCGAGGGAGAGUAAUCUAAAAGGAACUCCCAUUUUAGACAUUAUUGACUUUGGCACUAGUCGUAUUAAAUUUGCAAGUGAAAUUAUAAUUACACUGAUGCAAGAAUUGAAACAGUGGUGUGCCGAUGGUAAAUGUAAAGUCAUGGUAAUAAUUGACGGCUACAAUGCUUUAUUGUCAAACCACACGAGAGUUAGAAAUGAAAAUAAACAAUUUAUACCAACAAAAGAAGUUACCAUAACUCACGCAUUUCUCGAUAUUACAAAAUCCGACUGGAAUAAUGGAGCAGUUAUUGUGGGUGUCGAUAAAGAUGCAGUCAAGGAAACAAAAGAUUCCGUUCUUCCUCGAUAUUUACUGCAGAAAGAAGGUUUCGAACAUUUAGAUCCAUUUAUACCGGUCAAAGUUGAAAAAUACGACGACGGAGAAUUUGAAAUGAUGAUUGAAUAUUACAAAGACAGAAAAUGGAUAAGAAAUUUAACACCUAAGGGUUACAGAGAACUGCAAUUGUUAACAGAUAAAAAUCCUGGAAAAUUAUCCAUAUUCUGUGCAAGUUUGUAAUAGUAUAAAAAAAAAAACAUUUAAAAAAUUACCACUUAUGUACAUUUUUACAAAUAAAUAACAACUUAGUCAAAA